CAUCAUCUCUCUAUCUAUCAUUUAUAUCUAAAAUUUCAGUAAAACAUGUUCAGUGGUUGCAGCAGAUCUACUGCCAGCAUUGUAAUGACUGCAGCAUUUUCCUUGCCUGCGUACAAUGCAGAUAAAUGUAUGUUUCUCCUUCCAGUGUCACCAGCGCUUGUACACGUUCUUACCAGCUUCCCUGCCUCACCUGCCCAUGGUGCCCCCCACUAUAAUGUGUGCAGUGUUGUGGUCUGCUGUCUCCAGCAUCGCUGCAGAACAAUAGAAGACACCAGGAGACAGGCAUCAGACAGCAGAGAGAGGAGCAGGGUAGUGAUGUCAGAAGACUCCCACCUCCCCCCACCUCCACACAGCCAGAAGGAAGACUCCUUGGGUGUAGGGAGGGAGGAUGCUGCAGACUUAGCCUGGGAAGCCCUGUCCAUUACCCAUGCUGCAAGCUAGCCCCUGAGAAGAAUGUCCUGAAUAUCACAGAAAUAACAGAUCAGUCCAACAUGUCUUCAUCCAUAAUAUCACCGCCAGCUGACCCCACACUUCCAAACAUGGUUACCCAAGAAUUCUGGAGGUCGCAGGUGUGUGGCUACACUUCAUCUGUAACGGGUCAUAUCAGCCAUCGAGCCAACAAUUUCAAAAGACAUCCAAAGAGAAGAAAACUAGUCCGGCCUUCACCUCCUCCUCCCCCUAAUACCCCAUGUCCACUUGAUUUGAUUGAUUUUGUGGACCUUCAUCCUCGAAGAUCUUUUAUGGAACUCUUAUUUAAUGGGUGCAUAUUGUUCGGAAUCGAGUUCUGUUAUGCAAUGGAAACAGCAUACGUCACACCAGUUCUCCUUCAGAUGGGUCUUCCAGAUCAGUUCUAUAGUAUGGUGUGGUUUAUCAGCCCCAUCUUGGGAUUUUUACUUCAGCCUUUACUGGGGGCAUGGAGUGACACCUGCACUUCCAGAUUCGGCAGGAGGAGGCCAUUCAUUCUUGUUCUUGCAAUAGGAGCCUUAUUUGGCCUAACACUUUUACUCAAUGGAAGAGACAUAGGAUUGUCUGCAGCCGAUACGAGCAACGAUCAUAAAUGGGGCCUCAUUCUAACAAUCUGUGGCGUGGUCCUGAUGGAUUUUAGUGCUGAUUCUGCCGAUAAUCCCAGCCAUGCCUAUAUGAUGGAUGUGUGCAGCCCAGAAGAUCAAGACCGGGGACUGAACAUUCAUGCUCUGCUCGGAGGUCUUGGUGGCGGUUUUGGUUAUGUGGUUGGCGGCAUUAAUUGGAACAAGACAAAGUUUGGACAAGCAAUGGGAGGACAGUUACGAGUCAUCUACACCUUCACAUCCAUAACUCUGGCCAUCACCACCGUCUUGACCUUGAUCAGUAUUCCAGAAAGACCUCUUCAAUCCUUCAAUAAAAAGAAAAAGGUGAUGAAAAGCCCCAGUCUUCCUCUCCCUCCAUCACCACCUGUGUUUUUUGAGGAACAGGAGAAUCAAACAGUGCCCUCACAAAAUUCUAACCAUUUGUAUGCCAACUUCACAAGUCCAAUCUCGCCUCUCAGUCCUCUCACACCAAAGUAUGGCAGUCUGAUUAGCCGGGACAAUUCCUUGACAGGCAUCAAUGAGUUUGCUUCCUCUUUUGGCACUACUAACAUUGACAGUGUUCUCAUUGAUUGCUUUACUGGGGGACACGAGUUUUUCUCCUCAACUUCUGGAAGUUUGCCAAGACAAGCAAGUAGUCUUCCCAGAGUACCUGAAAGUCUUUACUGCAGUGGAAACAGAAGCCUGGAUUCUGCUGAGAACUUGACAAGUCCUGGCACAGAUAGGAGUAGUAUGAGAGUCGGGUCCCUUGAUGAACCAAAGGCUAGAUCAUCAGGAAUUCUGAAAAGGCCACAGUCAUUAGCUAUUCCAGACAUAGUAACAGGGACGUGCCCAGAGAGCAGCCGAAGGCGAAACGUAACAUUCAGUCAACAGGUGGCUAACAUAUUGCUGAACGGAGUAAAGUAUGAAAGUGAACUUAAUGGAUCCAACGAGAUUUCCCAUCGACCACUUUCAAUGAAGCUCCUGUGUUCAUCCAUCUGCCACAUGCCUAAGGCUCUGCGUAACCUGUGCAUCAAUCACUUCCUAGGGUGGUUAUCAUUUGAAGGUAUGCUGCUAUUUUACACCGAUUUCAUGGGAGAAGUUAUUUUUCAAGGAGAUCCAAGGGCUCCUCACAAUUCAGAAGAAUACCAUAAAUAUAAUGCAGGGGUUACAAUGGGAUGCUGGGGGAUGUGCAUAUACGCCUUCAGUGCUGCAUUUUACUCAGCUAUACUGGAAAAACUAGAGGAAUACUUUAGUGUCCGCACCCUGUUCUUUAUAGCAUAUCUCACAUUCGGAUUGGGAACUGGUCUAGCGACAUUGUCUAGUAACCUAUACAUAAUCCUGUCUCUGUGUGUAACACAUGGCAUCCUGUUCUCCACACUCUGCAUCCUACCAUAUUCUCUUCUGUGUGAUUACUACCAGAAUAAGAAGUUUGUAGGCUCAAGCUCAGAUGGAAGCAAGCGUGGCAUGGGUGUCGAUAUAUCACUGCUCAGCUGCCAGUACUUCCUUGCACAGAUAAUUGUGUCCAUUGUGAUGGGACCUUUGACGUCAAUGGUUGGCAGUGCCAACGGCGUAAUGUACUUUUCCAGCCUAAUGUCAUUUGUUGGCUGUUUCUACUCUUCAUUGUUUGUCAUCUAUGACAUCCCACCUAGUGGAGACCUGGAUGAUGAAGAACAGCCGCUGCUGAUUAAUAUCUGAACAAAAUUCAAGGGAUAUUUUACAACAGAGACUUCAUUUUAAAAGAAACCCCUGACCGGGUACUAGGUGCUGUCUGUGGGUAUUUCUGUCCCACUGGCCUUUGGAAUCUCCACAGAAUAAGAACAGCUGAACAAAACUGCACAAAAUAAAGUAUUAGCCAUGUCAAAAACACGUAUGUGUAACUAGCAUGUAUGAAGCAAGGGUUUAACAUGUGUAACAAGUGAUCGUGGGGUCCACAGCAGAAUGUUUAUAGGACCAUCUCAGCAGAGUUUGUAUGGAGUCACCU